GCAACCAGCAUGUUCUGUCUUCCUGUCGCUCGUUCUCUCCAUCACAUGCACGCCUGCUUCCUCUUUAUUUCUCUCUCACACUUUCUCUUCUCUCUCUGUCCACUCAGUCUCUCUCUCCUCUUCUCUCUCAGUCUGCAUCCUGUAGCCCUGAAGUGCAGUCCUCUCUCUCUCUCUCUAUCGCUCUCUCCAUCUCUCUCUCUGCACCACUGUUGGAGGAGGAGUCACUGAUACACACACUCUCUUUCUCACACAGUCUGUGUGACCAGCCCAGCCAGCAGCCAGCAGGCCCGUUUCAGAGCAGGGAAGCCCAGGAGAGACCUAUCCCAGGAUGGAUGUACUGAUGAAGGGGUUCAGCAUGGCCAAGGAGGGGGUGGUGGCCGCUGCGGAGAAGACCAAGGCUGGGGUGGAGGGGGCAGCCGCUAAGACCAAGGAGGGUGUCAUGUAUGUAGGUUCAAAGACAAAGGAGGGAAUGGACGCAGGGGUAAACAUAGUUGCUAACCGCGACCAGGCGAACAUCGUCGGGGACCCCACUGCUGCUGGAGCUGACCUCUUACAGGGAGGCAUGGAGAAUACCGGACAAGCGGAGGAGCCUCAGCCUGUAUACGAGGCAGAAUAUGGAGGAAUGGAGCAGGGAGGAGAAGGAGAAGGCUCUCAGGGUGGCUAUUAGUCAUUCCAGGGACCUCUUCUCCCCAGCCCUCUGUUGGUCCCUCGCUCCCUUCGCCCUGCUGUUCCAGACUUCCAGAUGUUCUACUUAUUUUUUGUGACUUUAUGGAACCAAAACAGAUACAGACUCUUCCAGAUAACCCUAUACACCUCCUGAUACCCCAUGAGACCCUCUUCUGCCCCCCCCCCCACUGUGUUCUGCCCCGUGUAGCUCCCCGCCUUUGUGUCGUUGCUGUCAUGUUGUUACCCCUGGUGUUAUAUUCUCCCUCACACCUCCCAAUACCCUAUCAAGAGACCUGCGCACACCACACACACACACACACACACACACACACACACACACACACACACACACACACACACACACACACACACACACAUACACACACACACACACACACACAUACACACACACACACACACACACACACACACACACACACACACACACACACACACACACACACACACACACACACACACACACACACACACACACACACACACACACGGCAGAUGUUGGCAGCCGGAUCAGGAGAAACAGACGUGUGAAAGGAUCCAGGUGUGUGUGAUCCAGGUGUGUGUGAUCCAGGUGUGUGUGAUCCAGGUGUGUGUGAUCCAGGUGUGUGUGAUCCAGGUGUGUGGAUAUAUGCCUUCGUUGGUGCUCAUCGAAAGAGAAGAAGAAGGAUUGACCAGAUCUGGGCGUGACCUUGUGAUGCUCAGAGCGUGCGGUUCAGAUCACUACGCCACCACAAAUCACAAUGUUCCAGCAAGCCGCGGAAUUAAUGCGGCAAAAAUAGACGUUCAUCCGUAAUACGUUGAAAUCCAAAAGGAAACUCCAGCCAGCAGACAGCUGUGAUGACUAUUCAGGAUGACAGGACCACAGAGACAUCAUACCUGAUUGUAGUGUGUGUGUGUGUGUGUGUGUGUGUGUGUGUGUGUGUGUGUGUGUGUGUGUGUGUGUGUGUGUGUGUGUGUGUGUUAGACUCGUCAGGUAGUAGGGCAGUUCAGGAGAGUUCUGUCCACAAGAGGCUGCUGUAGGGACCCGUGCAAUGAACAGAGUGUGUGUGUGUGUGUGUGUGUGUGUGUGUGUGUGUGUGUGUGUGUGUGUGUGUGUGUGUGUGUGUGUGUGUGAGUGUGUGUGUGUGUUAGAGUGUGUUUGAGACAUGCCAGAAAGCAUAACACGUGUUCUGUUAGUUAGUGUGUCCCUUGUUAGAAAUGACAUAGUCUGAGAGGAAGAAAGUUCCUUUAAAGACUGGGAAUCACACAACAACAGAAGCUAUCAAUAGACGCAGUACUUUACAGUGGAUUUGGUCUGGCUGGGUUUAGUCUGCGUCUAGAUCUGGCCUGGGUCUGCUGGCAGGGUUGGAAGGGAUGAAAGCAGAAAGAGAUACCUGUGGAUCCUGAUGUUGUGAAGGGAAAAUACCUCGUUGUCAUAGUAACACCACCGAGCAAUUGUCAGACAGACAGGGGGUUGUCAUAGUAAUACCACCGAGCAAUAGUCAUACAGACAGGGGGUUGUCAUAGUAACACCACUGAGCAAUAGUCAUACAGACAGGGGGUUGUCAUAGUAAUACCACCGAGCAAUAGUCAUACAGACAGGGGGUUGUCAUAGUAAUACCACCGAGCAAUAGUCAGACAGACAGGGGGUUGUCAUAGUAAUACCACAGAGCAAUAGUCAGACAGACGGGGUUGUCAUAGUAACACCACUAAGCAAUAGUCAGACAGACAGGGGGUUGUCAUAGUAAUACCACCGAGCAAUAGUCAGACAGACAGGGGGUUGUCAUAGUAAUACCACCGAGCAAUAGUCAGACAGACAGGGGGUUGUCAUAGUAAUACCACCGAGCAAUAGUCAGACAGACAGGGGGUUGUCAUAGUAAUACCACCGAGCAAUAGUCAGACAGACAGGGGGUUGUCAUAGUAAUACCACUGAGCAAUAGUCAGACAGACAGGGGGUUGUAAUAGAAGAGCAUCCCACACAGGGAAUGCUGGGAAAUGGAUUUUAAAUUUGAUUUUUGAUUCCCACAAAAAUAAUGAAUGGUCUGAGCCGCUCAGAACAGGCCUGGGACAGAGUGUGUGUGUUAUCAACGAGACCAAUGGAAACUAAUGACUGCAUGUUGCCUUAUUCUGCACUCAAAUUCACACACACACACACACACACACACACACACACACACACACACACACACACACACACACACACACACACACACACACACACACACACACACACACACACACACACACACACACUCAUAAAGCACACAAACAACAACAUAAACACUCCCACACCACGUUUAAGUUGGCAUCGAAGCGAACUUGCUGAUUUUAUAAACAGUACCAGUGAAUUAAAGACGGUUUUGUUGAAAUCCAAA